AUGGCUGCUGUUGAGAAGGAAUUAAAAAGCUUACAAGACAGCUUGUCAGAAAAAGUUAAGAAGGCAAACGCCAAUGAUUCAGGCAUACCUGAAAGCAGGCGUACCACAUUAGGUGAUAGGUCAUACAAAGGGACUGGUGCAACACCUAAACACAUAAGGAAAACUACCAGUUUCCUCGAAGAUGACGAGCCUAGCUUUGCACUAACGGAAAAUAAACAGACAAGCCUCAAACCAAAGCAAAAUGUGAAAAAUGAUUUAUAUAUUGAUGAUGUCUCUGGAAAAUCGCUUUCAGCCAUAAAAAUAUUUUCUCUGUCUAUAAAAUACCUUAAAGAUCAUUGUCUCACAACCAUGAGGGAAAGAGGAAUAGAACCCGGAGGGACGGAAAUCAAAUAUGUCCUGACGGUUCCUGCCAUUUGGAAUGAUCGUUCAAAACAAUUUAUGAGAACUGCAGCGGUUGAAGCCGGUAUAGGAAAUGAUCACAUAGUGUUAGCUUUGGAGCCAGAAGCAGCUUCUGUUUACUGUCAACAAGUCCCUCUGGAAAAUCUAAAGAUUGGAAUAGGGAAAGUUAUAAGUGUUCCUGGCACUAGAUACUUAGUUGCAGAUAUUGGAGGAGGCACAGCUGACUUUAGUGUUCAUGAAGUUGACGAGGAUGGGUCAUUGACAGAGCUCUAUCGCGCGAGUGGGGGACCAUAUGGAGGGAUUUAUGUUGAUAAAAAGUACUUAGAAAUAUACGAUAUAAUUUGUGGACAAAAAGCACUUGAAAAGCUCAAAAUUAAUGAUAUCGAAGAAUAUUUGACACUACUCAGAGAAUUUGAAAGAAAAAAGCGCUCAAUUACUCCAGAGUUUCAAACUUUUUUUGUUACAAGGCUAUCACUUAUAUUAAACAAAAUGUGCUCGGAGGAGGAUAAAUUGAAAGCUAUUGAGUCCUCCUAUUUAAAAGAUCAAGUCAAAAUUAAAAAUGACAAGCUAAAAAUUUCUGCCAGCUUGAUGAAGAGUUUUUUCGAAGACUCACUAAAUCAGAUCAUCCAACAUGUUUGGGAAAUUUUGCGGAAUAUUCCAAAUUUAGAAAACAUACUUAUUGUUGGAGGAUACGGCGAAUGUAGCUUGUUACAAGAAAGAUUCAAAAAAGAGUUCCUGGACAAAAACAUUGUCAUACCAAAUGACUGCAGCUUGGCUAUUAUCAAAGGAGCAGUGCUAUUUGGACAAAAUCCUCGGGUAGUCUCUGCAAGAAUUCUGCGUUAUUCUUAUGGAGCAGCCAUACAACCAAUAUUUAAUCCAAAGAAGCAUCCGGACGAAAGGCGUUAUAUAGAUAAAAAUGGCAUUGAAAGAUGUAAGGAGGCUUUCGAUCAACUGAUUGCUAGAGAUACAAAAGUGCCCUCGACUGGAAAAACAGUGACUAGUACAGGAGUUCCUGUUUCUAAGUCACAGAAAAAGUACAAUUUAAGAAUAUAUUGCACUGAGCAAAAAAAUGCAACAGUCAUUGAUGAGAGCUUUCAACUUCUUGGGAAACUUAAGAUUUCUGCACCUGAUUAUAUCGAAGGCAAAUGGGAAGCAGAAGAACAUUACACUUUCGGAAUGACAGAAAUCAAUGUAUCUGCCACAGUAAAGGGAACCGGAGAAUACAUUGAGACUACAUUUGACUUGCUCGAAUAAACUUUUAACAUAACAGAUCAUAACACAAUUUAUUCUAAGUGCAUGUAUACCUGUAUAUUUUUAACCUUUUUAAAAUAAGGCCAUACUGAAUGUAGAUACACCUUUUAUCUAGAAUCCAUAGAGGAAUAUGAAAUUUUGGACAGACAUUAAUAUACUAGUAUGUAAAGACCGAUGAUAUUUUCUGAAGUUUACUAGAGUCUCUAUGUAGCAAUUGAAACAAUU